AUGUGCUACUACCGAAUGGCGGCUGUCGCCUCUCCCGCUAGUAGGCCGCCUGCGCUCCGCGGUGGCGCCGCGCUCUACGAGCCCUUCAAUCCUAGCCCGAAGUCACUCUGCGAUUCGUGCAGCCUCUUUCCCGAUUCGCCAGCCGCGCUCGCCUCGCCUUCAUUUCCGAGCCGCCAUCAUACGUUCGUUGCGCAGCGGCGUUUCAGGCGGAGCCCUAGCAGCAGCGAGGGGCUGAGCGAGGUUUCAUCUGGCGACGGCUGCGACUCUGACCAGGCGGCUGUAGCGUCGCAGUCGCCGAUACUGUCAUCGACGCAGCAGGCGACGUCGCAGACAAUAUCUCCGACGCUGCAUGCGACGUCGCAGGCAGUAUCGCCGACGCUGCACGCGAUUCGGCACAGCCUGGAGAACAUGGAGAUCCGCGCGCUCGAGGGGAAGCUCGAGCUGCUCGCGACGCAGCGCCAGCUCAGCGCCGCGCGCUGCGAGAACUUCAUCCACAUGAUCGAGUCGUCCAUUGCCGGCGGCGGCGGCAGCGAGGACGGCGCAUCUGCCGUCGCUUGUAACGGCGCGGACUGCGCCGACGGUUGCGGCGGCGGGGGUUUCGCCGCUAUCCGCGGCAGCGGGGAGCUAGUAUCUCCGCCGACGGGUAUUACAAGGACAUGUUCCGUUUCAAGUACUAGCAGCAGCGCUUCUACGAAUGAGGAAAACGAAGACGAUGAUGGGAACGAAGAGGAUGACGAAGCAGACGAGCCGCCUCCAUUUUUUCAGCGCCGCGUUUCCCGGCGACGGUCGAAGGAAGCGUUGGAGCUGACUCAUAUGAUGAUGAACACAUCCCUAAAUAUCGAAACUGCUCGUAACGAGGCGGAAGUAGACGACGGGAACGAAGAGGACGACGAGGCGGACGAGCCGCCGCCGCCUCAGCGCCGCGUUUCUCGGCGACGAUCGUUGGAGCUGACGUCAUUCUCGCUAAAGGAUCGCUCGUUGGAGUCGCCGUCGAUUUUCGGCUCGGGCCGUUUUCCUCCGCGAUCGUACUCGUCGCGCGCGUUAGAUCUGUCGCAGUCGCCAGUCGCACACGUCACGCGUGUACACAGCCACGGUCACUCGCCUUCCAUUCGCCCGUCGCACAGCCGCUCUCCACGCAGUCUCGCGACGUCGCACAGCCACGAUCACUGCCACAUGCAUGCGCAAGCGUCGCGCGAUCUGAGUUUCUACGACUCUCAUGCUCCUAUCUCCCGCCCGCCGACCACUCGCGACGCUCAUCACCCGCCUAUUUCCCGCGCAAACACAACCCCGCUUUCCGGUCGCCAUCACUCCGCCACCUUCCUUGUCCCCGUCAGCCCCACGAGCAGCAGAGCCUCUGCGGGGCCGGUUUCCGCUGAGUUCCGGCUUUCUGCGAGGGCGCUUUCCGCACGCCUGGGCCCGCGCGGAGACCUAACUCGCGGAGACCUUUCCCCCGAAGAUUUGGGUUUUAUUCACCAUUCGCUUGGCGAAAGCCCUAUUUCGGGAUACAGUAACCACCCAGUUGGCGAAAGCCCCGGAGGAGGGUUUGGUGCAGCAGCCUCGUCAUCAAAUUUACGUGGUCGAUUUGGGUCCAAUUCCGCGCGCUUCAGCUGCAGUUGCGGGACGUCGCGCCGCUCAUUGCACCGAUUCGGCAGCUGGGCGCAUCUUGACGUCUAA